AUGCUAUCCUCUUCCGCCUCACCUGCAAUCCUCUUCCGCCUCAUAUGCUAUCCUCUUCCGCCUCACCUGCAAUCCUCUUCCGCCUCAUAUGCUAUCCUCUUCCGCCUCAUCUGCUAUCCUCUUCCGCCUCACCUGCAAUCCUCUUCCGCCUCAUAUGCUAUCCUCUUCCGCCUCAUGUAUCCUCUUCCGCCUCACCUGCUAUCCCCUUCCGCCUCAAAUAAAAAAUAUCCUCUUCCGCCUCACCUGCAAUCCUCUUCCGCCUCAUAUUCCUCUUCCGCCUCACCUUCCGCCUCAUCUUAUUUCCCUCAUCUGCUCACCUGCUAUCCUCUUCCGCCUCACCUGCUAUCCUCUUCCGCCUCACCUGCUAUCCUCUUCCGCCUCACUUGCUAUCCUCUUCCGCCUCACCUGCUAUCCUCUUCCGCCUCACUUGCUAUCCUCUUCCGCCUCACCUGCUAUCCUCUUCCGCCUCAUCUGCUAUCCUCUUUCCGCCUCACUUCCGCUCAUUAUCCUCUUCCGCCUCACCUUGCUAUCCUCUUCCGCCUCACCUGCUAUCCUCUUCUCAUCAUUUUUCAAUUUAUCCUCUUCCGCCUCACCUGCUAUCCUCUUCCGCCUCAAACAAUCUGCAUCCUCUUCCGCCUCACUUGCUAUCCUCUUUCCGCCCCAUCUGCUAUUCCUUCCGUCUCACCUGCCUAUGCCCUCUUCCGCCUCACCUGCAAUCCUCUUCCACCUAUUUAUACCUUUCCGCCUCACUUGUUAUCCUUCUUCCGCCCUCUCACCUACUAUCAUCUUCCGUCUCAUCUGCUAUCCUCUUCCGCCUCAAUUGCAUCCUCCUUUUCCCCAUCUGCUAUUCCUCUUCCGUCUCACCUGCUAUCCUCUUCCGCCUCACCUGCAUCCUCUUCCGCCUCAUUGCUUCCUCUUUUACCUGCUAUCCUCUUCCGCCUCACCUUAUCCUCUUCCGCUUCACCUGCUAUCACCUUUUUUCCGCCUCACCUGCUCUCCUCUUCUGCCUCAUCUGCUAUUCUCUUCCUGCUUCAUCUGCUAUUCUUUUUUUCCGCCUCUUCCGCCUCAUCUUGA